UUAUGGUCUUUUGCUUUCUACUAUUUUUGUGGGGUAAGAAACACGUUUCCAGCAAAAGCUUAGCUAGCUAGUGAUAUUUAGCAAUUGAGAAACAAGCCAUUAUUACACGGUUUAAAUUUUGACACCGCACUGAGGCAAACAUAGGAUAGGUCAGAAGAAACGCUUCUCUGGCAUUUAAUAUUUUGAUAUACAUAUUUAUCUCAACUCAUACGGUAAAUUUACACAGAUAUGAAAAAUUUGUAAUAAAAAUAUUAACAGCUGAUUUUCGAAGUCCAACAUUUUGUUCCGCUUCGCUUUGCUUCGCCUGGAAUUUUUUUGUGCGUACAAGGAAUUUAUCUGGCCUAACAAAAGUGUGAAGCAAAGCGAAGCGAAAGUUAUAUUUACGAUUGUUAAAGAGAAAAUAAUGGAGGUGAAGUUGAUUAAGGCCAUUAAAAGGCAUCCGUGCCUUUUUGAUAGAAGUUCAACAGACUUUCGUAACCAAUAUUUGAAGGAGGAAGCAUGGGUUGCAGCUGCGAUUUCAACGGGAGCCUCAGUGGAACAGUGUAAACAACGCUGGAAGUCCCUACGCGACAGAUUUGUUCGAGAGGUGGUGUCGCAGCAAUCGAAGCCAGAGUCUGCAGCGAAAGAGAAGAAUGGGUGGUGCUACUUUGAGUUAUUGAGUUUCUUAACAAAACAUGUAAAUCCUAGAAAAAUGAAACCAAAAAGACAAUCGAGCAUCGAUGACCAGUCAAUUUCCAGUUAUUCACCUGCAACAACACAGAGCGACUCAUGUCGAACAACCGAUUGCGAAUGGAUAGAAUUGCAACAGGAUAGAUGUGAUCCAAAUGAUAGCCAAAGCAGCUUGGAGACACAUAAUUCCAAAAAAUCGCGAAAACCUCGGCUUUUUUGCGAAGAGGCGUACGAACUUUGUUGUCAACCUGCUAAGCAAAAGCCCAAGAAUGAGGCAUUUUUAGUCAUGUUGGACGAACUUCUGCAGAAGAAACAGGAAAGCAAGAAUAAUACACAUGAAAGUUUCAAUCAUCUUUGUGGGACUCUUGAGAUGGUGUUCUCUGCUAAGAAAGAGUCCAAAAAUAAAGCGUUUUUAGCGAUGUUGGACGAACUUCUGCAGAAAAAACCAGAGGAAGUGCAGGAGAAGUUGAAAAUGGAAGUUUUAAACCAUGUACAUAAUUCUUAAUAUAUUUUUAAAUAUUUCGAUUAAGCAAAAAUUAUUUUUAUCUGAAAUAUUAAUACAACCGUACAUAAAUAUGCAUGUACCAUAAGAAAAUGAAAAAUAGAAAAACACAGCACAUACUGUACAUAUGGA